AUGAAACUGCUACUGUUUUGUGCCAUAUUUGGCUUCGUUCAAUGUCAGCUGAUAUCAAAGCCUCAACUUGAUUGUUCACGUAUUCACUCCAUAUUCUGUUGUACAACACGUAUUCGAAACCAUUGUCAACGUGAAUGCAAUGGAGUUCAGUGUGGACAGCAAGUUUACCAAAAACUCUUCUCUGCUGACCUUAACCAAGAGAGUACUUCCCGAGAUGGAAGUGCUGCAAUCCAUGCUUCAUCUCGACCAGAGGAAGUUACUGUAGACUUGGCUCCCCCACCAUCAGUUCCUGUGGAUAUUUCGACGGAACAUUUUCGUUCGUCCAUUCCAAUAACCACAACAUCCCUUCCCACUAAAUAUCCAACCCUCAUUCCAUUCGAGCCAAGCAUUGACGAUAUACAAUCAAUUUCGGAUAAAGAUGAAAGCCAAUGGACUACGCUGCAGCCAACAGCAGUGCCGAGAACGGCUCGUACGACCAGUUCGCGUAAACGUACAACACCCGAUCCCCGUAUUAUUCGUCCUCCAGAAUCUCUUGUAAUCAUUGGUGAUUAUGAUAUUGAAGAAUUAGAAAAUGUAUCUGAUCAAGAUAAUAUCAAAACAGCUCCAACUGUUACUUCGUGGAACGGACCUGCGUCAUCUUCUCAACUGACAAAUGGCCAAAUGAUGAUUGUGAGCAAUACCGGUGGCGUCUUUCUACCAACGUCAUCUUGGAACAGAGAGGAGUUUGUAGAGACUGAACAGAAAUUACACAAAUCAGGAGCACUAGGACCCCCAGAUAAUUCAUUAUCAGUGUCACUUCUAAGAAGAACAUCAAAUGUGAAAGAAGGAGUAGCACAAAUUCCUAAUUUCGCUGUCGAUGGCAUUGCCAGCAAAGACAGAAAGAAAUUCUCCUCAAACGGAUUCCCUCACGUAAUUAAUUCAUUUAAUGUGAAGCCGUCAAACCCAGUUCAUAACAAAGAUACGAAUGUUGUCCAAAACACAACGCCGAGUUUGAUUCAAUUAACAAGAACGACAUCAGGCAUUGUUGUUCCACCAUUAACUCAUCGACCAUUCCUGACACCUCCACCUCCACCUCAACCACCUACUGUUAGAUGUGGUGUUGCUCCUGAUUUUCGGCCUUGUGUUCCCGCUAAUGUAGCAAGUACAGAACUUUUGAGAUGCUGUCAAGCAAAGAAUAUGCCACAUGGAUGUUUGCAGCUCUGUCGUUACGAUAUUACUCAGGCGGAGGUUAGAGCAGCUAUGGACAGAGGACAAUGUGGUAUACUAAACGUUCAACCAUUCUUGGAGUGUGCGGCACAAGGACAUGAUAAUACAGAAUGUUGUACAUAUAAGGGAGUUGCUCGAAAGAGUGGCCCUCAAUGUGAGCAGUUUUGUCGUCCAUCUAAAGGCAUAACAGCUUUAGGUCUUCAACAUAUCGUUUGCGGGAAUGUCAUUGGAGAAAUGCUUCAAUGUCAUCAUUCAGGAAUUCGUUUAUAA